AUGGCUCUCAACUGUCCAUUUACAAAUGAUUUUCCUCAAGUGGACAUCCAUGAGCUCCUAUCUCUGGAUAUCUUACAUCAAAUAAUCAAGGGAACUUUCAAGGAUCAUCUGGUUGAUUGGGUGGGAGAGUAUUUACUGGUCACACAUGGUACCCAUCAUGCAGCUGAGAUAAUGGAUGGCAUUGACUGCAGGUGCGAGGCUCUCACUGAAGAUGACCUUGUAAAACUACAAGAUGCCCUCGACUGCUUUCACCAACAUCAGGAGAUCUUCAAGACAACUGGUGUGGUCUCAACAUUCUCCCUUUCAUUUAAAGAACCUUGGUGCCAAUCUAGCAGGUUUAAUGCACUCAGACAAAUGCUACUAACAAAUCAAUGCCUUGACAAACUUGCAGCCACUCGUGUAGAUUUUGAGGCACAUGGUAUGCUUCGUGGCUCUUGUCUGUCCAAUGCUUUGGGAGAACUCUGGAGAUGUAUGUGA